AAGGGCAGACCCAUUUCAUAGUUUCUCACAUGGAUGACAAUCGCUUCUUCAGUCGCUGUUAUUUCCAGAGUGCCAUAGCCACGCCCGAGCAAAGAUAAGCACGAAAGAUAAAUUAGUGUCACCGAUAAAGACAGUUUCCCCCAGCCCUGAAGUGACUUCGUGUUUCGUGAGUUUGUCGACCCGGCCAUGACAUUUAGAAAGUCGAGCUGUGUGCACAAUGACCCCGCAACAAGUCUGAAGUAGUGUGUCUGGCAUAGACGUGGCAGCCUCUGGUCGAAUUUCUGCCUUCAAAACAGUGUUUUGUAGAGACUGAUAAGAACUACACCUUCUGCCAUUGCAUGUUAGGAAUACAGAAGAGAAAAAAGUCUCGGUGUCACGAUUUUAUUUUCGGUUUUCUAACACCGUCGCCGUGAUGUACUUUGUGGUAGUCUUGGUGGCAUACCAGCUGCUGGUGGGCAGGGGGGUAGGGCAAGAGCUGCUGCAGAAUGGAGGGUACGAGUCGUUGAUGGAACACUGGGAGUGCUGGAAUCCUCUAAGAUGCUCCAUCUCCCUCAGAAAACACUCGGGUGCUUACGCGAUGCAGGUGGAAAACAGGUGGAACAGUUGGGAAGGUCCGUACCAGUUCGUCAACGUGAGUCGUGCUCACACUUACCACGUCAGCGGCUACAUCCGGCUCCUCAAUGAUGAGGGCAACGGCCAGACCGUUCGGCUGGAAAUCGACUUUGAAUAUUUAAACGACACACAUCGCUUCAGCGUACCAGCGGGUCACUCGGGUGCCAGGGCUUCAGACGGGUGGAUUUACCUGUCAGGCAGUUUCACUGUUCCUAAAGAAGAACCAGUCACCACCCGCUUGUCCUUCACCGGCCCUGACCCUCGAGUUGACUUCCUUGUGGAUGAUGCGUCGCUGGUUGUCGUCCAGGACAAUCUUACGAAUGUCGACCCCGAGAUCUCCAGGGUUCGCAAAAGUGACAUCAACAUUCGAGUUACAACUCCUUCUAAUGUCAACAAAAGCAGCGUGAAAAUUCGGAUUGUGCAGAGAAGCAAGCUUUUCCCCUUCGGGACUGCAGUAGCCGCUUGGGCCUACAACAACCCCUCCAUGGGUGCCUACCGGGACUUCAUCCACCAGCAUUUCAACUGGGCAGCGCCAGACAGCGCCCUCACGUGGGCUGUUGUGGAACCACAGCGGGGAAAGAAGAACUACGAGCCUGCCAUUAAUGUAAUCAAUGGAUUGAGGACUCAUGGAAUCAAGGUCAGAGGUCAGAGCCUGGUGUGGUCUGUGGAGGAGUUUGUGCAGGACUGGGUCAAGAGACUUCACGGUGACGAACUGCGGCAAGUCGUCCGCGACCACUUGGUGGAGGCCAUGAACAUAACACGUGACCUACUGGAGCACUGGGACGUGAACAACGAGAACCUACACGGACAGUGGUUCCAGAAUCAGCUGCACGACCCCAGCUACAACCUGGAGCUGUUCCGUAUCGCACAUGUCAUCGACCCUCACGUCAAACUCUUCCUCAACGAUUACGAUGUCGUGGCUUCCGGUGCGUCGACCAGAGACUACCUGCAGCAAGCUCUGGAGUUCAAAAUGUCCAACGUGAGUCUGUAUGGACUUGGUGUUCAGUGCCACUUUGCGGAAGAGGAAGAGCCUAGCAUCUUUGUGAUAAAGGAGCGACUGGACAUCCUGGCUCAAGCCGGGCUGCCCAUAUGGAUCACUGCGCUUGACGUGCAGGCUGAAGACGAGAACAGACGAGCUAACUUCUACGAGAAGGCCCUCACAGCCCUCUACAGCCACCCCGCGGUGGAGGGCAUCCUCCUGUCAGGCUUCUGGGACAAGGCCCACCAGCGAGGAGGAGUGGCUGCACUAGCUGUCGGAGAUAAUCUGAAGCUGACGGCGGCAGGGAAGCGCGUGCUGGAUCUGUACGAGAACCGUUGGAUGACGGAUGUGACCCACGCGCUAUCCGCGGCGGGCAGCCAGUUCACUAUUCGUGGUUUCCAUGGCGACUACGACCUGUACGUCUACUAUGAAGACCGCGAGCUGGUCAACCUGCGGCAGACGUUUCUUGCUGGAGAUGUCGCCCUAUUACGUCAGUGUCGACGUGGUGACGUAAGCAGCAGUGUCAGAGGUCACUGAACGUGGACUAGCGUUGUAUGAAUGUCUUUACUGAACUACAAUGGAGUAGUUUUGUAUGAACACUGUUGGUACCCGUAACUGACCACCCUGCCCUGUCUGCUGCUGUAUUCCUGUUAUAUUAAAGGUCACGUGGGGUGGAUUUUUUCCCCUAAUGUCUGGUUACAAUACAAUGCCCAGUGUCUGCCGACAUCAAAACACCAUUUCAUAUACACGGAUAUCAUCAGCAAGGACCAAUACAAAUAAACAUCCCCAUCCUAGCUAUCCUUUGCUAGAAAUCUACGCUAAUACUCUCUCUCACAGAAGUAUUAAAGUGUAUAAACAUCAUAUUGCCAGUAUAAAUAGGGACCAAGAGACGAGUAUCAUCCAUACAUGCCCCACUGACAAGACAAAUGUAUACAGAGUUUGUCCACAUUGUUAAGAACUAAACCUUUUGAAUAUCUUGUACGAGUCUCAUAUUCUUUCUUAUUAUUGAGGGGAGACUAGCCUGUCGUGUUGCCCAGAGUUAAGAGUUGUCUGUUCCUCGCUCGUCUUAACAUUCAGUAGAGACUUGAUAUCUUUAAUGUCAUUGACAUCGUCAUCAUGACAUGGGGGAUUGAAGAAUGAUAUACACAAAGUGAAUCAGAAUACAGAAAACAACAUGCAUGAACAUUUUUUGUUCCGUUAGAAUCCAGGAAUAAGUGUGUAGUGUGUAGUGUGUAUGGUGUGUGGGGUUUGUGUGUGUGAUGGCCAGAAUACAAGUGUUUCACUGUGUAGCUACAGUGAUGCUGGCCACACCACACCUGAGAAAGCUUGAAAGGAGAGAUCACAAGUGAACAAUAAAAUGACAGUUUGAAGACUUAA